GCGGAAGUCAUCAUCGGAAAAAUGGCCGCGCCGUGUCAUGCAUUGUAGCAACGUGAUUUUACCAAUUCCACAUUUUUUAGGCCUUUAAACUAAACAUUACGGUCAAUGUAAUGUAGGAAUUACUGUGAUCUAUGAAAUGCGAAUCGGAUGAUUUUCCUCCGCGGAAAGCUCUAGCAAAUUGUAUUUUGGUGCCAAUUUAGCCGACACUUUCUUCGGAAGCACGGUGAAUUACCCAGCCUGUGUCAGUUCUAGCCCCAUACCUCAUUGCAGAAGGCAAUGGCGUCUUUCAAACCCACGAAAAUCCCAGUGGUCCAGCAGCUUGGAGAGAAAGUCACAGAGGAUACUCGCUAUUGGAAGAGUUUCAAAACCACAGUGCAGGUGAAGGAAUUUGGUGCCAUCUCAAAGAUUGACUUCUCUCCUCUGCCACCUCACAACUAUGCAGUUACUGCUUCAACCAGAGUUCAGAUAUAUGGGCCCCACUCCCAGGAGCCCCAGCGGAGUUUCACUCGCUUCAAAAGCACAGCGUAUGGCGGUUGUUUCCGUGGCGAUGGGCAACUGCUGGUCACUGGUAGCGAGGAGGGUCUGAUCCGUUUGUUUGAUGUAAGCGGGCGUGUGGCCCUCCGCCAGUACUCUGGACACAACAAGGCAGUGAGGGUGACAUCAUUUCUGUCGGAUGGCUUCCGCGUCACAUCGGGCUCUGAUGACCUCACGUGCCGCGUGUGGGAUGUGGCAACGGCGCAGGAACUUCUCUGCUUCAGUGAGCAUACAGACUACAUCCGUGCUCUCGCUACCAGCGUCCGCAACCCUGAUCUCAUCAUCACCGGCGCCUAUGACCACACAGUGCGUGUGUAUGAUGCCCGGCAGGAGAAGUGUGUGAUGAGCAUGGAUCACGGACAGCCUGUGGAGAGUGUGUUACUCUACCCCUCGGAUGGGCUCCUCGUGUCCACAGGUGGGCGUUAUGUGAAGGUUUGGGACAUGCUUAAAGGUGGACAACAGCUUGUGUCUCUGAAGAACCAUCACAAGACAGUCACAUGUGUUUGUAUGAGUGCGCAGUCCAACCGCCUACUCACAGGAUCACUUGACAGGCAUGUGAAGGUGUACAACUCCUCCUAUAAGGUGGUCCACAGCUUUGAAUAUGCUGCUUCAAUUCUCAGUAUGGCCAUUUCACCAGAUGAUGGUGUCCUGGCUGUGGGGAUGACCAAUGGAGUCCUUAGUGUGCGCCACAGGAAGCCGUCAGAGGAGAAACAGGAAGCGGACAGGAAGAGGCGGGGCCCAGCUUACCGAGUGUUUGUCAAAGGCCGAAAUUACAUCCCCAAACAGGAUGACUUCCUGGUGAAGAAGUCUGCUGCCCUGCAGCAUCUCAGCAAACAUGACAAAAACCUCAAGAGCUUCGCUGUGUCCAAAGCACUCAACUCUGCACUGGAGCUGUCGUUACGCAAAAACAAGCCCGAGGUGUGUGUAGGUGUGCUGCUGGAACUAGAGCGGAGAGGAACCCUGCAGAACGCUUUGUCAGGCCGAGAUGAGCAGAGCCUCGUUUCCCUGCAAAAGUUUCUGCUCAGGUUCAUCACUGAUCCACAGUUUUCUCCCAUUCUGCUCAAAGUGGCUGACAUGCUCAUAGACAUCUACCAGUCGGUGGUGUGUGAGUCUGCGGUGGUGGAGCGCUAUUUCCAGGAGCUGCUGGACUGUGUGUCGCGGGAGGUUGACUACGAGCGGGACCUGAUGCAGGUGCUGGGGAUGCUGGACACUCUCUUCGCCUCCUCGACGCCACGCUCCAGAGCCACAACCUCCAUCAGCCCUGUCUCGCUCAUGGCCACACCCGUAACCACACCGCAAGGGACAGAGCCCCAAAUGCAGCCCGCAUGACGGACCAUGAUCCUCUCUGCCCUGGUCAUGUGACCACACUGUGGACUUUGAGUGAGAGAGAGAGGCAGGGAGAGUGUGAUGCCAUGGCAACUGAGGAAAUCUGAGAAGGGUGGAGUCAAGAGGAUUGGCUUUGCUAUUGUAUGGUCAUGCUGCCCUAUAAUGCCUACAAUUGUACAUGUGUAUGUAUAUGUGUACAUGCAGACGUUUGUGUGUGUGUGCGUGUACAUGGUUAGUUUUUCUAAAAAUAAAUCCAGUUCUUUCUCA